UGUAGUAAAGAAAAAAAAAAGCAAUCAUGUCCACGGAGGACUUUUACCUACGCUACUACGUCGGACACAAGGGCAAGUUCGGGCACGAGUUCUUGGAGUUCGAGUUCCGGCCGGAUGGCAAGCUGCGGUACGCCAACAACUCCAACUACAAGAACGACACCAUGAUCCGCAAGGAGGCCUUCGUCCACCAGUCCGUGAUGGAGGAGCUGAAGCGGAUCAUCAUCGACUCGGAGAUCAUGCAGGAGGACGAUCUGCCCUGGCCGCCACCAGAUCGCGUGGGUCGACAGGAACUGGAGAUCGUCAUCGGUGACGAGCACAUCUCGUUCACCACCUCGAAAACGGGAUCAUUGGUGGACGUGAACCGAUCAAAAGAUCCCGAGGGCCUGCGAUGCUUCUACUACCUGGUGCAGGAUCUCAAGUGCCUGGUCUUCUCACUCAUCGGCCUGCAUUUCAAGAUCAAGCCCAUAUAAGCCUUCGCCUACACCUCAUGCAUAGCCUAUUUAUCGGACACAUCGUAUUUUAUAAUGGAACUUCUUGUAAUACUUGUAAUUGUAGCUAUACCGUUGUACUUUUUGGUACAGUUUGCAGAGAAUAAAAAAGGAGUUUGCCGUGAAUAAAAAAGGAUUGGAAAAUA